UUUCGUAUUCUCCAUCAAACUUUAGUGUUAAGAAAACUUUCAGAUUAUUGGAAUGGGAAAUUGUCUCUCAGCUUCGACACCUCCCACCCAACCAAAUGCUCCCAUUUCAGUGGAGGAGGGUGUGAAAGUCUUCACGGUGGCAGAGCUGAAGAAAGCGACUAAUGAUUUCGGAAACCAGAUGGAAAUAGGAGAGAGCUUGGGAUAUCUCAAUCCCAAGACGUUGUCUCCGGCCAAGAAAGGUGUUGGCAUGGCCGUCGCGGUCAAGAAAAUUUACCUAGCCAAUGAACAAGCUUUUCAAGAUUGGCUUGUUGACGUAGAGUUUCUAAGACAUAAUUCUCAUCCAAGCUUGGUGAAACUCAUUGGCUAUGGUUAUGAUCGUGAUAUGUUGUUUAUUGUUUCUGAAUACUUUCCGAAUGGAAGCUUAGGAAGUUACAUCGAUAGAGAUAGUCGUCCAAAGUCAUUACCGUGGGAGACACGACUCAAGAUAUCCAUAGGAGCGGCUCAGUGUCUUGCCUUCUUGCACUCUAGGAAGCAAGCCGGCCUCUACCGCAGAUAUCUCACUGCUUCGAAAAUCCUGCUCGAUUCAGACUUCAACGCAAGAGUUUCCUAUUUUGGAAAGCCAAAAGUUUCUCUCGAUGAACUGGUACACACCAGAGGGUUUGCAAAUGUAGCACCUAGAUAUCAAUACCCACCUCCCGAAUACAUACUCUCAGGGAUGUCAAACAUGGCGGGCGAUGUGUACAGCUUUGGUGUUAUACUACUUAAAAUGUUAACUGGUUUAGGAAAGCACCUUAUAAUCUCAGUAAAGCGAGAGAUAAAAAAUAAAAAGGACAACAUUGAGGCGAUGAUCGAUCCAGAUUUGAAGAAUAGCUAUCCUCUUGAAGCGGGAAGACUUAUGUGCGAGCUUAUUAAACAAUGCCUUGAGGUAGACCCGAAGAUACGACCAACCAUGCAAGAAGUGCUAGAUAAUCUGAAUGCUAUAGCCCUGUUUUGAGGACAAAUUAUAUUAAGGGUUAUAAAUGCUGAAAACAUUGUUUCACUAUAAGACAGUUAUAACAACUCGUAUAUGACGAGAAGUGUUAAGAAACAAAACCUAAUUCUCCUUUCUUAUCCACUCAAGAACAGAUCUAAGCUAAUCAACUUUGAAUCUUUACACUAAUACAAUGAUCACUAUUUUCUUC